AUGAAUUCAACCCAAAUUCAGGAUAAGGCUGAUACAGAAGACUGCUUUGAAUUUGUCAACACUUCAUGUCGCAAAAACAGCCAGUCAACAGCUGUACAUGUAGCAUUAUAUAUGAUCUUUGUAAUUAUUGUGUUGAUUACAAUUAUAAGCAACUUACUGGUGAUUAUUUCAAUCUUACAUUUUAGAAAACUACAGACAGAAACCAAUUUUCUUGUUCUUUCACUUGCUGUAACUGAUUUUCUAGUGGGGCUGGUGGUUUUGCCUUACAGUACGAUUAGGUCUGUUGAUACAUGCUGGUAUUUUGAAAGUAUAUUUUGUAAAAUCCAUUCAGGCCUGGACAUGGUGCUGACAAUAACAUCGAUUUACACGUGUUUUAUUGCCAUUGACCGUUACUAUGCUGUGUGCAAACCUUUACUCUAUCCGACAAAAAUCACUCUGCCUGUCAUUGGUUUAUUUGUUACAUUUAGUUGCAUGUUUUCUAUAGUUUAUGGAUUUGCUUUAAUUUUCUCAGAUGCUAAUGUAUAUGGAAUCGAAGAUUAUAUCAGUGCUAUUUCUUGCCAUGGCAGUUGUGCGCUCAUCUUUAAUAAACUAUGGGGCCAUCUGGAUCCACUGAUAGCAGUUUUUGUACCAGUUUCAGUUAUUGUAUAUAUAUACCUCAAAAUAUAUUUUGUAGCAAGGAAGCAUUUUCGAGCAAUUGGAAAUAUAACACACAGAUUGAAUUCGAAACAGCAAAAUAAUACAGGAGGUUUCCAAAAAAAAGAAUUCAAGGCUGCUGUAAAGCUGGGGGAUGUAAUAGGAAUCUUCAUUAUCUGCUGGUUGCCAUUUUUCAUAAUUACCAUUGUUGAUCCUUAUAUUGGUUUCUCCACACCUCCUGCAUUGUUUGAAGUGUUUGUGUGGCUUGGUUAUUUUAAUUCCACUUGCAAUCCAAUAUUAUAUGGCUUUUUUUAUCUCUGGUUUCAUAAAGCAUUAAAAAUGAUCAUUUCUUGUAAGAUAUUUGAUGAACACUCUCCAAUGAUGAAUGUGUACCUGGAAUGA